ACGAGGUAGAAUAAUGAAAGAAGACAACACCACACACUGGUCCUAUAAUUUAUGCGAUAGAGGACAUUAGGAACAGACUAACAACUUGUUGAGCGUGAUUAACACCCGCUGCUAUUAUCUAUACCGAUAAUCUAACGGACUUCAGCCUUAAAAGUGAGCGAUGGCAGUUGAAAAGUUUGUGUCAAAGACACUCGAGCUGCUACAGGAGGAGAGAGAGGCGGAAAUAGAGGAGACCAGGAUAUGGCAGGAGAACAUCUCUCUCAAGGAUCUUCAAAAUAAAGGAGUUUGCCUGCUGAAAUUGCAGGUCGGGAGUCAGUCCACGGGCCUGUACGGUCGCACGGUAAUCAUCCUCGAGCCGAGGAAGCAUCUUGGUUUCUCCUCUCUGCCGAGCAACAGCUUUGGACCCGGGGACAUAGUGGGCUUGUAUGACACCGGUGGGUGCACCCCCGCCUCACAGGUGGGCACAGGAAUAGUGACGAGGGUCAGCCAGGCGUCCAUCAGCGUGGCCUUCGACGACUCAAAGGACGGCCUCAGGUUUGAUACGGAUGCGCUUCACAACCUCUUAAAGUUGGCAAAUGACGUCACCUACAAACGGAUGAAGAAUGCCUUGAACACACUGAACGGAUACAGCCAUGGACCAGCUGCCAAUCUGAUAAACGUUCUUUUUGGAGACACAAAACCGUCUCAUCAAUCACAGACAAAUGAGGUUAAAUUCUUUAACUCCAACCUGGAUGACUCUCAGAGAGAAGCCGUGUCCUUUACGCUGUCUCAGAGAGAAGUGGCUGUGAUUCAUGGACCACCGGGCACUGGGAAAACCACCACAGUGGUGGAGAUCAUCCUGCAAGCAGUGAAACAAGGCCAAAAGGUCCUCUGCUGCGCGCCCUCCAACGUGGCCGUGGAUAAUUUAGUGGAGCGGUUAGCCCGGUGCAAAGCAAAGGUCCUCAGGCUGGGUCACCCUGCCCGACUUCUGGAGUCCAUACAGAAACAUUCGCUGGACGCCAUCCUCGCGCAGAGCGACAACGCCGGCAUCAUCGCUGAUAUCCGUAAAGACAUCGAUAAAGCAUUUAUUGGAAUGAAGAAAAUGCGUGAAAAAGGCGAGCGGGUGAACUUCAAAAGAGAAAUAGGGGAGCUUCGAAAAGAGCUGAAGUCGAGGGAAGCGACCGCCAUGGCACAGAUCCUGAAACGUGCGGAUGUCGUGUUAUCGACCAACACGGGUGCGUCCAGAGACGGCCCCCUGAAGCUCCUGCCGGAGGAGCAUUUUGAUUGGGUGGUGAUCGACGAGUGCGCUCAGGCGCUGGAGAGCAGCUGUUGGAUCGGCCUGCUCCGAGCACGCAAGUGUGUCCUGGCUGGAGACUACAAGCAGUUACCACCUACCAUCAAAUCGCAAAAGGCUGCAUCAAACGGGCUGUCUCUCAGCCUCAUGGAGAGGCUCAUCCAGAUGUACGGCGACUCUGUGGUCCGUAUGCUGACCGUUCAGUACCGCAUGAACAGUGCCAUCAUGAGUUGGGCCUCCAAAGAGAUGUACCAGGGAAGACUAACGGCUCACAGCUCUGUGGAGAGACACUUGCUGAAAGAUUUACCAGGAGUCUCCUGCGUCGAAGAGACCAGCACGCCGCUUCUUCUUAUUGACACUGCAGGCUGCGGUCUGAGUGAGAUGGAGGUCACAGAUGAGCAGUCCAAAGGCAAUCCGGGUGAGGUAGACAUUGUUGAACUGCACAUAAAGGCCUUGACUGGAGCCGGAGUUAAAGCCAAAGACAUCGCUGUUAUUGCUCCGUACAAUCUACAGGUCGAUCUUCUGCGUCAGAAACUUUCCGCGAGGCAUCCGGAGCUGGAGAUCAAGUCUGUGGAUGGAUUCCAGGGCCGAGAGAAGGAGGCUGUGGUGCUGUCGUUGGUUCGGUCCAACAGGAAAGGGGAAGUUGGAUUUCUCGCGGAGGACAGAAGGAUCAAUGUGGCCGUCACGCGCGCCAGACGUCACGUGGCUGUUGUGUGCGACAGCCAGACCGUGCAGAGUCACGCUUUCCUCAAGUCCCUCGUCGUUCAUAUGACCCAGUGUGGCGAGGUGAGAACGGCAUUUGAGUACAUCCAAGACGUCGUGCCGCAGAACUACACCCGUGACCACAAAGACACGAAGGCCAACGCAUCUGCCGCCGCCAAAGCGAAGCUUAGGGAUCAGCCUCCGAGCCGGCCGAAGCCGCGACAAAAGAAGUCCCCGGGUAGCUGCGCUAAUGGGAAUGCCGCCGAUGCAGAGAAGCCCACAAAGUCCUCCGCCACAGCGCUGACGGAGGAAGAGCAGCAGCAGCAGCAGCAGCAGAACAACCGAUGCGCUGAGAUCAGAGCGCAGGUGGAGGGCUUUCUGAAGGACUCCAGUCGGAAGGAACUACAGUUCCCAUCAUCGUUUAACUCUCACGACCGCCUGCUGGUGCACCAGAUCGCUGAGGAGCUGGGCCUCGUGCACGAGAGUAAAGGUGAAGGUAAACAGAGGUGUGUCUCUGUCUGCAGGCCUCCGGUAUCGGCCCCGGCCGAGAGGCCACCGCGAGGAGGAGGAGGAGGAGGAGGAGGAGGAGGAGGAGGAGGAGGAGGAGGAGAAGAAGUAGAAGUAAGAAAAGAUGACGACGCUCCGGAAGAAACCAUUCCCAAUCCCCAAAGAGAACCGCUGUGUCAACCUCCAUUGGACCUGAAGCGUUUACAUUUGGAGCGGAUGGAGAGGGAGCAGCAGAAGAGAGACCGACACGCUCAACAAAAAAAGCAACCGAUCAACUUGCCGCCGGCUCCGGCCCAGUCGUCGAAGAAGCCCAAGUCCGCUAAAGGAAAGACCCGAGUGAAGACGGGCGCAUGCGGCAUCGCCGCGGCCGCCGCUCCGGACGACGACUUUGACGCACUCAUCGACGCCGUCAUAAAGGCUGAGAGCGUGUGCAGCUUCGUCAGGUGUAAAGCUUCUGUGCGGACGCUCGGACAGCUUUGCCUGUUCUGCAACAGGCAGUAUUGUCUCAGUCAUCACAUACCAGAGGUUCACGGCUGUGGGGAUGAAGCAAAGUCUCAUGCUCGGAUGAGAAUAAGCAAAGAAGGCGUUCUGUACGCAGGGAGUGGGAAGAAAGACAAAUCCAUGGACCCCAAUAAAAAGGCCUAUCUGCAAAGGAAGCUGGACUCUAAAUUAAAAGAUAUGUCAUCGCAGAGGAGACCGAAAAACAAAGAAAAUGACAGUUAGAUGACAAAUGAGCUCUGUAAAUUAACUGGAGUUUGCAUUCAAAUGUUUGAACUCUUAUUUAAUCAAAGAUAGUUAUUCAACUAAAAUGUACAGCGGUCCAGUUCGUGACCUCUGCAGUAAGGAUUUAUACAAUUUGCUGCUAAAUUUCCUGAAAUGUUGAAAUGAAAUUGUUGCUGUCGUACGGACUAAACAAAGUCGUCUUCAGCUCUA